ACGGCAUGUGCCUGUACUGCUGGGACAUCGAGCCUUCCCAAGUCAGCCCUGAAGGACCAAGACAACAUCAUCCUUCAGAAGUCACUGAGCGGCAGCUUGCAAAUAAACGUAUUCAGAAUAUGCAAAACCUAAAGAAAGAGAAGAGGAGAUUGAAUAAAAGGUUUGCAAGGCCUUCUCCUAUUCCAGAACCAGGACUCCUAUGGUCAUCUUGAUAAAGCAGGAGUCUAUUUGAAGGAAACCAUGCUCCAGAUCAAAAUGUGUGGAUUGUGAACAUCAAGUGACAUAUCAUGAAUUGAUCAUCUGAAAAAUAAAUGCAAUACUCCACCAUUUCAGGAAAAUAAACGCAGUACGAGUAUUUAAUAUCCAAGCUACAUGCUCUAGAAUUUUAUUAAAUACCAUAUCUCACUAACAUGUUUUUUCCCCUCUGUGGUAAACUUGAAAUUUGCUGCUUUUCAACAAAUAAUAAUGAAUAUGUGUAGGUAGGCUUUUGAAAAAUAUUGUUAUCAUGUUUAAAUUUUUGCAAAUGUUUUAUGACAUAUUUAGAUGUUUAGAAGUAUGUUUUAAUAAUAGAACACCAGAUUUCCUCUGACGUAUAUUUAUAAUGGCUUACGCUUAAACAAAAUGUUUAAAUACUUUAAACAGUCCUAGGAGACUGUUAUUACAACUAACUCCUAUAUUAUGUGUUGCUAUUGCAGAUAAGCCAUAGUGUAAUUAAAAUUUCCAUUUAAGGUAAAAUUUGAAUAUUGAAUUAAAAUUUACUUUUAUGUAUGAAAUAAAUGAUAAUUAUCUCUGUCUCUCUAAA